UACAGUACAGGUCACAUCGUGCAUGAGGUUGCGGUGAGAGGUUACAGAGAUGUGGAGGUGAGGCGAGAAACCGAUAAACAGCGGUACAGAGAACUUUGGUGAAGAGCUAUGGCGAUGAGGACGACGAGUCCGUCGCUCAGCUCCGCAGCUUCGUUGGGAUAUCUCCUACAGAAUCCACAUUCUCUGGCAUGGUUUGCCACGAUGCCUACAUCUGGCUCUUGCAUUCGAUCGCUUUCUCGUUUCGUCUUUCCUAGCUCCAAGCCGUCAUUUGCUGGCGGAAUUGCAGUGUCGAAUUUGGCCGGUACCAAAAUCUCUACCUACGGUCAUGGAUGCAGAGGAGUAUCUAGAUUAUCUUUCGUCUCUCCUGCUGCCUCAAAUCUACACUUUUCCACAUCUUCUGUUAUGGGAUUCGAAUUGAGUAGUGACAACCAGUGUUUCAGCGUCGGUAAAAAGGUACGGAGGGGAAGUAGUAGAGUUAGAGCUGGACUAGAUGGAGAUGAUGGUAUCACGCUUGAGGAGGAGCAGAAAUUGGACAGGGGAAAAAAUUUCGUUGUCACUACACCCCUGUACUAUGUCAAUGCGGCUCCGCAUAUGGGCAGCGCUUAUCCGACCAUUGCUGCGGAUGCCCUUGCCCGAUUCCAGAGGUUACAAGGACGCAGGGUCGUAUUCAUCACUGGCACAGACGAGCAUGGAGAAAAGAUUGCCACCGCUGCAGCUGCGCAAGGUCGUGAACCUAAGGACCAUUGUGAUGUCGUUGCUGCUGAAUAUCAAAGUCUGUGGAAAGAGUUGGGUAUAGAUUAUGACAGAUUUAUUCGAACCACCGAGGCUAAUCACGAAAAGAUAGUUGAUGAAUUCUACCGGCGAGUAUUGGAUAAAGGAGACAUUUAUCGGGCUCAAUACGAGGGACUUUAUUGUGUUAACUGUGAAGAGUACAAGGAUGAGAAGGAGUUGAUGGAAGAUAAUUGCUGCCCAAUUCAUCGUAAGCCUUGCGCCGAAAGGAAAGAGGAUAAUUACUUUUUUGCUCUAUCAAAGUAUCAGCAGGCUAUCGACGAUCUUCUGACUUCGAACCCAAACUUUGUCCGGCCUUCCUUCCGCUUGAACGAGGUACAAGGAUGGGUAAAUGAUGGAUUGCGAGAUUUUUCCAUUUCUCGAGCUGCCGUAGAGUGGGGUAUCCCCGUUCCUACAGAUUCUAAGCAAACCAUAUAUGUGUGGUUUGACGCCCUCUUAGGUUACCUUUCAGCUCUUUUGGAAGAAGGGAAAGAACCAGGUGUCGACAAUGCUGCUGCAGGUGGUUGGCCCGCAUCCGUCCAUAUAAUUGGCAAGGACAUUUUGCGGUUCCAUGCUGUGUACUGGCCAGCGAUGCUGAUGUCCGCUGGUCUUCCUGUCCCGGCUGCUGUUUAUGGUCAUGGCUUUUUGACCAAGGAUGGUCUCAAGAUGGGCAAGUCGUUGGGGAACACAUUGGAGCCCAAGGACCUAGUGUCUAAGUUUGGACCCGAUGCCGUAAGAUACUACUUUCUCAGAGAGAUAGAGUUUGGGAAGGAUGGAGAUUUUUCAGAAGAACGCUUCAUCAAUAUUGUCAACGCAAGUUUAGCCAACACAAUAGGAAAUCUUCUGAAUCGCACCCUUGGACUCUUGAAAAAGAACUGCAACGCAACAAUAGCAGUAGAUUCUAGCACUAUUCCUGAAGACCACAUAGUUCGAAAAGUUGCUUCCGAAUCAGUGAAAACAGCAAAUAGAGACUUCACUGAGUUGAACUUUUCGGGUGCAUGCGAUGCUUUGCUAGCUAUUGCCACGGCAGGAAAUUUGUACCUGGAUGAUAGAGCGCCUUGGUCUAGGUUCAAAGCUGGUGGAUCCUCUGCUGAAGAAGCGGCGCUGGACUUGAUUGUUGUCUCAGAGGUGGUCAGGAUUGUAGCUGUUGGUUUGUCACCUGUUGUCCCAGAGUUUUGCCGCAGAAUCUACGCUCAGCUCGGAUUCACUGAGGAGGUUUUCCGUGCAAUUACUUGGGAAGACACUCAGUGGGGUGGUCUGAAGGCGGGGCAAGUCAUGGUUGAUGCUCAACCCAUAUUCAAAAGGAUUGAGGUUCUAGAAGAGGAAGCGGGAAACCCUCCUCCUAAGGCAAAAGGCAAGAAAGAAGGAAAGAAGAGCAAGCAAAAAGCGCCAGCUGCUGCUGCAAGUAACAGUGUAUAAUAAGCGCCGACAUUCUUGGAUCCCACAAGAAAGGGAUUGAAGUCUUCCAGAUGUAUGAAUUUAUUUAUUUUCCUCCAGAAAGAAGCUUUUCUACAGUCAGUAUUUUUCUCUCACAGCUCCGGUGUUCGUUUGGGACAGCGCAAGUUGGAGUCUCGAACUGAACGCUUCUUGCGUGCAUCUUAGCCUUCUGAAGUGGAACAGGACAAACCUGUUGAAAGUGCUUCGAGUCCAUAGAGAAACCAGAUUGUCCAGUCCUUAAGCAAGUUGUCAUAGUUAAACGACCAAAGUUGUCAUCUGUUUGAACGCCAGUGGGCUUUGCAAUCUUGCAUCCAAGUAACGUUUGUUGUACUGGGCAGUCAGAUGUGUUAUCUGGGUCAUCGUUUUUCUUACAUGGAAUUGUCCGUCCUGGUUGGAUUUUAAGUACAAAUCGCAAUUUAUUCACUCCAAUUGAGUGAGAACCAGAUGUACUGACUCCCUCACAUUGUGAUUACUCAUGUGUUCCCUCGGGUCCUUGUAGCUCUCAAAAUUUCCUACAAGCCAACUGUGCAUACCAAUUCAUCAGUUUCAUACAUAUUCGAGCGAGAAGAUUUAUGUCUUACUUUCCUUGCGGCACAUACACAGCGAACCCAAUUUGUUAGCACGCAUUAGUUAGGAACCUCGAAAAGCCGUACAGCCUCUGAUUUCUCCGUCAGGAUACAAUUUCUCUACAAUUUUGCAAUACUGAGCC